AUGCGGCGAGAGUUGUUUCUCCAGAUUGUUCACGCGUUGGAGACGCGCGACGAGUACUUCCAGUGGCGGGAAGAUGCGGCCCACAGAAAGGGUCCAUCCCCGCUGACGAAGUGCACGGUUGUGCUUCGUCAGUUGGCAUACGGCACUACGGCGGACAUGUUCGACGAGUAUCUUCACGUCGGGGAUACAACUGGUCGGGAGUGUCUGGACCUGCUGUGGAUGCACGAUACGGUGCACGGCUUUCCUGAAAUGUUAGGGAGUAUUGAUUGUAUGCACUGGGAGUGGAAGAAUUGUCCUGCAGCGUGGAGAGGCCAAUUCACCAAUGGGUAUAAGGGUACCCACCCGACGAUGAUCCUUGAAGCAAUCGUUGACUACAGUCUUUGGAUUUGGCAUGCUCACUUUGGCGUGGCGGGGUCCAACAAUGACAUCAAUGUGCUGAACUCGUCCAGUCUCUUCACCGAGCAAUGCAAUGGCAACGGUCCGAUUAUCAGCUUCACUGCCAACGGACGACAGCAUCAUAUGGGGUACUACUUAGCCGACGGCAUUUACCCAAGAUGGCCAGUUUUCUUGAAGACGAUCUCCUGCCCAACGGGUGCGAGGAGAGAGUUUUUUGCGGCAAAGCAGGAGGCUGCACGGAAGGACGUGGAGCAUCAUAUCGCCAAUGUCAUGUACGUGUGCAUCAUCUUGCACAACAUGAUUAUUCACGAUGAAGGUCGUGCAGCUAGCCAGUGGUCCGACGAUGAAGCCGCUCCGAGCGCAGGUCAUGCAGCCCCGCCGGUCGUUCGAGGUUUACCCUAUGGACUUAGCGAGAGAUUACAAGCUCAGAAGAGCAUGCGCAACCAACAAGCUCAUCUUGAUCUCAUGAACGACAUGAUUGAAGAAGUAUUUAUUUAUGGUGCAACUGUCAGUUGGAAAUCUAGCUUGCAGAAUAUAGUGGUUUUAUCCACCACUAAGGCCGAGUAUAUGGCACUAACAGCUGCGACUAGGAAGAGCUUCUGGUUGCAGGGAGUGUCAGCUGACUUUGGUGUGAAGCAGGAAGUUGUGGCCUUAGGAUGUGAUAACAACGGUGCAAUUUAUCUUGCCGAGAACCAAGCUUUAUCCAAGGAGAAGCUUGAGCUAUGCCUUAAGCUUGUUGGCAUGUGUAAAAGGGAUAUGUAG